ACGUCAUCAGCCUGCGCCGCAGGAAAAAAAACGUGCGAGGAGGGAAGCUGAAGGGACGGGAGAUUCCACGUGAAAGUGUGCUAGCAUGGCAUCAGUUCAGGAGCCGGAGAUCCAGCUGGCUCAGAAAUUAGCCUCCAAUGAGAAGGCCAUCCGGACCAAGGCUAUGAAAAAACUACGGAAAUACAUCAGUGCACGCUCCCAGAGAGCCGCAGGUGGAUUCAGUGGAGAUGAACUCCUCAAGCUGUGGAAAGGCCUUUUCUAUUGCCUGUGGAUGCAGGACAAACCCCUGCUGCAGGAGGAACUGUCUAAUCAGAUCUCAGCCCUGAUCCACAGCUUCCAUGACAUCGACAAACAGCUAAUGUACCUAGAGAGCUUCCUGCAAACCUUUAAACGAGAGUGGACCGGGAUUGACCGGCUGCGGAUGGACAAAUUCUACCAGCUGGUUCGCUUCAUGUUCAGACAAACUUUUGAUGUUCUGAGGAGAACAAGAUGGGAAAGCAGCGCUGUUGGCAAGUUUUUGAUUCUGCUCAAGUCUCAUCUCCUUCAAAAUGACAGUGAGGUGCCCUCUGGACUGCUUUUACACAUCCUGGACCUUUACAUGACUGAGCUAGCAGCUGUUGGUGCUGCAGAGCUCACAGCUGAUCAGAACCUAACUUUUGUCGAACCAUUCUGCAGGAAAGCAGCCAAAACGAAGAACCAAACAGUUUUUAGUGCCAUCUGCAAAAGCUUUUUCAGCACCAUCAUUGACCAGGCUCCUUUUGCUGUGGAGGAUUUGAUGAAGGAGGUGAAAAAAGCAGAAGUCUCAGGCUCAGAUUCGGGGCAGGAAUCUGAGGAAGGCGAUGACAAACAGGAAGAAGAUAAAAAAGCUGCCAGUAAGAACAGAGCUGGGAGUAAUUUGAAAAAAGAAGAGAGUGAGGAUGAGCUGCUUCACUUUGAGGUCUCUGACACUGAACUGCCAGAUGAAGACAUUGGACCAGUUCUACAGUUUGACUAUGCUGCUCUGGCAGACAAGCUGUUUGAGGCGGCAAGUCGGAGCAGCACACCUGGACACAACCGACAGAAACUCUAUAAAAUCAUCAAAGCCCUGCGUAAUCUCAGUGAAGGCAUCUUUCCACAGGAUGAAUAUCCAGAGGAGGUUUCCACCGACGAGGAUGAUGAUAUGUUUGGCAGCAGGAAAAGGAUGAAGAGACCAGCUCACAAGGAUGAAGAGGAGGGGAAACCAGCAGGGAAGAAGAGCAAAGCUGACAUAGGGAAGAAAAUCGAGGCAGUUAACGGGCAAAGCAGCAACACAGAACCUCUAGAUAUACCUGUUAAUAAUGAAAAGAAGAAGAAGAAGAAGAAAGCAGCGAUUCAUGAGGGUGCCACAGAGCCAGCACAGCUCCAGCCUUUAGUUGGAAGAAGGCUCCAAGCAGAGUCCUGCUGCACCACUGGUGAGAAGAACCAAUUAAAAGAGGAAAGAGUAUCUGGACCUGUGGCAACAGAGAGAGAGGAGCAACAGCUCACCUCUGCUACAUCUGGAACAUCUUUUGAAGUACCAGCUCAAGACACUAGGAAGAAGAAGUCGAAGAAGGGCCUGAAAGCUGAAACGGGGAUCCUGGCUUUGAGCAGUGAGGCACCAGGAGGAAUAUGUUGUGUAGCAUUGGCUGAACCUACUGCUCCAAGUCCUGCCAAAAACAAGCAGCAGUAUCAGAAGGCUGAGGCCAAGCUUGGAUGUGACCUGCUGGUGAAUGAUGUGUGCAUAACGGGGAUCUCACCGGCAGGCUCUGAUGAUGCAUUAGAUGAUGAUCUAACCCCCAAUACUAAGAAGAUACCUGACAUUACAGGUUUAGUCAAGAAGAUGCACAAGAAGAAGAUUCAGAAAAUCAAAGAGCAGAAGGUCGUGGCUGACACAGGCAGGGCUGGCCCAAGAUACACUAAUGGCAAAAUCAUUUCUGGGGCGCAACAUAACAUUAGAAAGCAAAGGGAAAAGCGGGAAUUGACCACUGACCAGAACAAAAUCAAUGAGACAAUCGCUGGGUCCGUAGCUGCAGGGGUGUGCACUCAGACACCAGUAAAAAGGAAAACCAAUCAGAAGGGAGAAAACCAGACAAAUGUGUCAGAAAGCCCUCAGUUGAAUGCUGGAAAAAUGCAGCAAAACAGAAAGACUUCAAAUUUGGCAGAUGGCCAGUUGAAUGAGCUUGGAGUCAGCUGUGCAGAUUCAGAGCAGCCAUUAGUGGAAGCUGAGAUGAUGGGGUCUAAUGGCAAAGCAGCUAAGAAGAGGAGGAAGAUCCCUGUGGAGUUUGAGUUUGAGGCAGAUGAGUUGGAAGGAAAAACGCCAAUCAGCAACAUCACAGAAGCAAAGAGCAUGACCAAGAAAACCAACCUGAACAAUGAUGCCUAUGAGCCAUGCACUCCACAAAGCCUAAAAAAAUCAAACAAGAAGGAUGUUUCCAGACUGUUGGAGUCAGAUUUUAUCACCUUUCAGAGAAAAGCUGCUGUUCCAACACCACUCUACUGUAAGACUAAAAGCAGCCCAAAUACACCUGCUUCCAGUAAGAUGAAGCAGCAAAUUCCCAAAUCAGAAUCGAAGAAGGUCACGUUUGGUCUAAAGAAUAAUAAAACUGCAGAGUUCAAGAAGACUGAUCGCAGCUUGGUCCUGAGUCCAGAUGGUUUGUCUCGAGUGCCAUUCGACCCACAGCAAAAACCAAAAUUUGGAGUUCUAAAGUCUCCACCCACUUCAGGAACUGCUGCCUCGAAGAAAACAUCCAAGACCACCAAGAAGAUCCCUACCUGCUCCAAGAAGACUGGUGCCACAUCUCUGCCUAACACCCCUAAAAGACGACCUUUGGCAGCAGACUUUUUUUAAACGUACUGUUCCAACAUGUUCUUUCUGAACACUUUGAUACAUCGAGUUUUGAAUUUUGGUAAAGUUCUGUAUUUUUGUCUAUCUAAUCAAAAUAUUGCAUUUAUCUUGAUGUGACUCUGUUGAAAUAAAGUUAUUCAUUCAUUCCACC